GUCCACUUCAGUUUAGCUGACCACGUGACAAUAGUUACAGCCCUUCACUGUUUCAUUUCUAUUUUUCUUUAUUUAAACCUUGCUUUUUGUGAUGAAACUACUUUUGCAUAAAGAUGGAUGAAUCCUUGGACGAACGAGAGGGUACCAGCGCCGUCGGGUACGACUCGGCGGCCAUCUUGAAUGACGACGUCUCCCCCACUACCAGUUUCUGCUACAGUAUCCCAAAUCUCUUCAACGGCUUAGGCCCCGGGUCGGUGCUCUGUGAGAGACCUGAAGCAGAAGUGACGGAGACCUUCACCAACCCUGAAGUUGACGAGACAGGUGAACAGCAGCAUUUUGAAGAUGAUGAGGAAUAUUCUCCAAAAUCUAAUUCCAAAAGCGAGAUCCCUAAACGGAAGCAACGUCGAUAUAGGACAACAUUUUCGAAUGUGCAGUUAGAACAAUUGGAGGCUGCGUUCCACAAGACACAUUACCCUGAUGUCUUCUUCAGGGAAGAGCUUGCGAUGAGGAUUGAUCUCACUGAGGCUAGAGUUCAGGUUUGGUUUCAAAAUCGCCGCGCGAAGUGGAGGAAGCAGCAGAAAGCUGGAUGCGAGGGGUACCAGCCCCGGGGUCCAAGGUCCCCUGGAGAGAGGUCGCCCUCGGCCUUGGCGCUCGAGAUGCGUGACUUCAUCACCAUACCUGUUUCCUCAACCCAAAUGAUAAACGUAGCUGAGACUCCGACCCAAACCACAUAUUCGAGCAAAAAGCCUGUACCAGUGGCCAUCCACGUUGCAGCAUUACCAACCAGACAGAACCCUCAACCAGAUCUACCAUCGUUCUCAAUACCACUGCAGUACAACCUAGGAACAUUCAAAAAGAUAGGCGAAGACGUCCAUUUAGAUCUAGAAGCAGAAAAUAUUCAACAAACCCAGUGGGAUUCAAGAAUGAUGCCCAAUUUCAAUCUAAUGAUGAAACCAAUAGAUACUAGAGAAAACAUAGAUCUGUCUGAACUAAAGUUUGAUGUCAAAAAUGAAAACAGAGUUUAUAGUGAGAUAAAUCCUGUACCAGCAACAGCUAUAGACACUGAGAAUAUUUUAAAAGAGAAUGUUAACGAGGGACAGACAAUUUCACCCGAUUUUGUUGUAGACAGAUAUCAAAAUUAUCAUAGCGAUAAUGAGAAAAGUUAUAGACAAGACACAUUUGAAGGUAGUGUUAUGGAGGGUAGAAGUGAUUUUGUAUGUGAUAGUGACUUUUUGUGUAAAAGUAAUUAUGAAAAAAUCGAAGACAAACGUGGCGAGUUCGAGGACUGUCAUUUAUUAGACACUGAUAACACUGGUAUAAGUAAUUUUGAAGGUAACUUAUAGAUGAAAUUGUAAAAUAAAACGUGGGAAUAUUAGUAAAAUGUUAUAUGUACUUAGUUUUUAGUGUGGUGUAGUGACACCAAGCCAGUAGGCUCGGUGUCGUCGAGUAAUAUGCGUGCUAAAGAUAACAAUUAAGGACUCCGAAUGGUUGAGUCCGUUUGUCUAUGGACGAGGAAGAAACCGAAAAGACGCUCAGAUGAGAGAGAAAUCAUAUAUGUAUAUUAAUAUUGUCUAAUAUUGUCAUAAUUUUAAGAGAUACUUCUUGAACAUGUACUUUGUUAUUAAUGUACUUUGUUAUUAAUAUUCUUGUUUUUUUUGUUAAUUACUUUGUAGCUAUUAGAAAAGAAACUGUAAGUCCUUUUGGCAUGAUAACCAACAUUGUUUAAAUGAGUUUCUCUCAACAUUUUUUAUCAGCAGUGGUCGAUAUAAUACAAUCGGAUUCUGAAAGAUACAGAGUGGUCCUAUGAAUUAAAUACCAUAUACCACAAAUUUUAUCAGUGAAGCUAACAAUCAAAUGGCAUAUGUUACUUUUGUAAUAAUGUUUUUACAUUAAUAUAUAUUCAUAAACUCGCUAUAAAUAUAUGAAUAAUCAAGCGAUCGUAACAUCGGCCAUUUGUCGUUCGCCCGAUCGGACCACCAAAUGUUUACAAUCAUUUUACCUUGAAACAGUGAGAUGUAUUGUAGUUGCGCUGACUGCGUCUACAGAUCACGUAUUUAUCUGACGUACCGACGACAUAAAAGAAAUUAAUUUAGGAGUACGUAGCCGUGAAAAGCAAUUUUUCAGUCACCCAGUGAAAAAUUGGUUAAAAGAGCAAAAUGAGUACAUAUUACGUAUUUUUAGGCUGAUAAAUAUAGAUCUAGCCAAACUACGUUAUCUCGCUGAGGUAUUGAUUUUGGUAGUAUUUCGGGAGAUUAAAAAUAAUGGUCGCCCAGAUUCAUUCGGAUGGAAUUAAUUUUAAACUGGCAUUCGAAAAUGUUUUUUAUGCAGUUCUUUUUUUAGCUAUUUCAGCGUUGUGUUAUAUGUUAAACUUAACUUCUUGAUUGCAGACACCCAAGCACAUCGUAGAAUGCUGGACAUAAAAAUGUAGUUUGAUAAAAUUAGGAUUCGACAGUCACUUUUAUCGAUAAUAAAAAAAAUAUAUGAAAAAGAAAAAGAUCCUCAAAAUCCUUCAUUACACGUUAGUUUAGGUAUGCACCGCGUAUAUACAAAAAUGUAUUUUAUACAUUUAACCAUGGAUUUAGUAAGUACUUCUAACAACGUACCUACUAAUUCCAUGCAUUUAACUGAAAACCAUACUUGAUUAUAUAUCUGUGCUUAAAAAUUUAAUAAGUAAACAGGGAAAAUGCGCUAGAGGCGGCCUUAUCGCUGUAAGCGAACUCUUCCAGACAACCUUUUAAUAUAAAAAAAAUCUGGAAAAAUAAUGGGUUACCAGGUUUUGAUUUUGAACAGCCGAACUGUAUGUGUUAUUAAACUGUGCCAUAUGCCGUGAAUGGUCAGGAAUUAGUAGGUACUCCGUACAACGUAGUACCUGCUAAAUCCGUGGCCCUGACCCAAUUAAGACCCAUACCGCGUUGCUCAGUCGCUGUCGUUUUGACACCCGUCGACAUCCAACGAAGAAAGUGUAUGAAGAUUCGACAUACGUCAAAGCUUCUCUGUGUCACAACCUCGGAGCACGACGGAGGGCUUCAAGGGAACAGAUUUCAUUAAGAUGCAAUUUCUAUUAACAUUAGUUUUCUCCCCAUUUAUAAUUAUAUUGGCAAAAAAUAUACAAAAUAAUAAUGUCUACUUAUAAUUUUUAUUUACUCUCCCCUAUGAGAGAGGAUAUAAUAUGAAUUAUGGAUGUAUGUAUGAGGAAUACGGAUGUAUGUAUAUAUAAUAUAAUUAUAUACACUUAUAUUUUAGGUGACACACUGAACCGUGUUUCAAUAUUGAUUUCUAACAUACUAUGUACCGUGUCAAUCUCAACCUUGACGUUAUAAAGAGAAAAGGGAAUAAGAUGAGGGCAUGUCCUUCGCUGCACUUACAGUAACAGGAAAUCAACAUUAUUUAAUGGUUUCGUAGAAUGUCCACGAACCCCUAACUAUAUUACCGCAUAUUGUGAUGUGAUGCUUAUCGGCGCAAAGCACGUUAGAUUUAUUUAUAGCUUAGGGCUUUUUCUACUCUAUAAUAUUACAGUUUGCGGCGUUCGUGGCGCAGUGAAAGGGCUCUCUCUGAGUCACUAGGUCCAGGAUUCGAUACCAGAUAGAAAAAAUACAGUUAGGUUCAGGUAAGUAUUAAUAUUUGCAUCAAAUCAAAUCGAUAUCCUUACAUAUUAUUUAAAGUUUCCGUGUCGCGUCUGCAUAGGUAAUUGAGCGCAGCUAAGACUGGCCACAAGUAAAUAUUAUAAAUACAAAUGUCUGUCUGUAACGCUUUCACGGCAAAAUGGAUGAUUUUUUUUCUUUUGAAAGACAAAUUUGCGUUAAUUUUUAACGUGAAUGGUUGUUGAUAAUCUACGAAAUACAAUAGAAGUUUAAUUUCGGUUCACGUCGAGACGCGUGGGUGGCCACAACGUUAAAGAAAUGGCUAAGGUUUAUUCUCGACGACGCGACACUGGGGUACUGCUAUUUCUCUGAGCGCUCCCGUUUCUCGGGCUCGGACGCUCAAUGGCUGAGGUCUUCCUCAGUCAUUGAGCGUCCGAGCCCGAGAACCGCUUUUGUACUUUUUUGUCUCAAAAUAAAAAUAAAAAUCAAAUCAUUUAUUCAGAAAUUAGGCCUUCACAGGCACUUUUUUACGUCAUGUUCUAAACUAAAUGAUAUUUACCAAAGCUACUCUCCAAUUCGCACGGUCGUCGGCAUCCCUAGAUUUCAGACCAUUGUCACGCAUAUUAUCCUUGAGUCCUCAGCACGCCAGCAUUUGUUUUGCCAGCACAGAACUACACCUUCGACUACACAACCCCUAAGAAUAACCCACUAAAACUACAAUAAUGAAAGUCAUGAUCAUUACAUCGCUCGAUAGUAUUCGAACCUGUGACCUUUUGGUCAAGCCAAGGGCACACUCGACACACUUCGAAGUAUGUUGAUUUAUUUCAGAUUAACGGUAAUUUAAAGCAUAAGUUUAGUGGCUCUGGGUUGAUAAGAAAAUAUUAUUCUAUAAUCUGUACCACGUUUCUUUAAGUUUUUUUAAAGGUACAAUACAAUUUAUUUCUCGUAUUUUUGUUGAAAUACUUUUAAAACCAAUAUUGUCAA